AUGUCGACGUCUGCAUAUCUCACAAAUGCCAGACCCCGGGGUAGGCCUGGGAGCUUCAGCGAUACUUCUGAGAAGCAGACUCGCAGUCGAGCCUCGAGUUCGGCGUCUGCAAAGCUUUCCAAGACGCUGUCAAGGACUCUUGAUGAGGUCUCUAUUCCAAGGAAUAGCCGUUCGAAUUCCCCGGCUAUCUAUUUCCACCGGCAAAGGACGCACGACUCAAAGUGGUCGGAUCCUGUGGUGGUUACAUCUAGACAUCCUGCCCUCUCCUUGCGAUCCGACAAGAGUAUCUCGUCAAGAAUGGAGGAUGACACAAUUCAUUCCCCGAGUUCGCCAACCAAGGUGAAACCACAUAUCAUCAAUGGGUCCCAUGACCGACCGGAUACAUCUAUAUCAGAUGCGCGUCCUCUCUCACCUACGAAAUCCUCGAUGACCGCUGUUCCCGAGGCUGUCGAGAUUAUGGGAUCCCCUACAAGAGAUGUGGAGCUUCUGCAAACCUCACAAGGUCUUCGGCAGAAGAGCUUGUCGUCGAGAUCGCUUGCAUCGAUGCAGCCAGCUGUUUCCGAAGAGCCUCAGGACAUCGUGCCUACCCAAAUCACAUCGCCAUUCCCCCCGGUGCCCAUAUUAGCUCCCUGUUCUACUGAUGUUGUAGAGCCAUUGGCGAAGGGUUCCAAGUCGCCACUACGGGGAGAAACGAUCCUCGGGUCUCCAAAAAGGUCCAAAUCAUCUUUGCACGAACCCAUAGCUGCACCAAUGGGCACAAGCCCAGCGCCAUAUCCUCAUGACCCACUGGUUGCGCCAACUCCACAAGGCCCGGUAGUCUUUAUACAACCUACAUUUGGCCAACAUCUUGCGGAUUCCACGGAGGGAGACAUGCCUUUCAUGUCGAGCCCUCCGUUACCUACUGACGGGACCUAUCUUCAUGGGUACCCACCUCACGGCCGCUCGCCCUUAGCUUCGCCUCCAUUGUCACCCUUUCUCCAGCAACCUGCUGGUAGUCCGCCACCACAGGGUGUGCCAUUCCCACCACCCUUCCCAUAUCACUAUCCCCAUCCGUUCGUAGCUAACCCUAAUCUCCAACUCGCGUUCUACCCACCACCCUUCCCUGCCCCUCCUGGGCCUUUUCCCUAUCCAGAUGCUGUGUCUCGAUCCGGCUCUGCAGCACCUGAUGAUGAGCGCACGAAACUGCUUGAGAAAGUCUCAAGCGUCCUUCCUGACAUCAAUCGCUUACUGCACUACUACCAGGAAAGUCAAGGGCUUCUAUCCGAGAAGGAUCAUCUCGUCAAGCAAGCUGAAUCGCAGCACAAUGAGGAGAUUGCGAAGCUAAGAAUUGAACUGAGCGCGUCCAAAGAAGAAUACGAGCGCAUCAUAGGAGAGCAAGCUCGUGAAAACCUGAAGCUGAAAAACGAAAUUACGGAACAAGGGGAAAAGAUUUUACAUCUUGAGGCAUCUUCACGGGAGCUUGCGAGGGCGAAUGAGGAGAUAGCUAACAAUCUGACGCUGAAAUGCAGGACCUUUGAGAAUGAGGUCGAGAACAGUCGGACUAUAAAUGAGCAGCUGACUGCAACCAAGGUUGACCUUGAGGACCAGAUCGAAGCUGUCAAGAAGCAGCUUGAUGACGAACGGAUGCAGCAUAAGCGCUCACAGACUGACUUGAUUCAAGCCCAUGAAAAGCAAAUGGCGGACAAAGAGGACAUUCAUGUCAGAUUACUAAAUGAACACAAGGCCGGUCUUUCAAAACUUCAACUUGAUCUGGCAGGUCUGAUAACAAAGCAUACACAGCAGAGAAGAGAUCUGGAGUCCGCGCGCGCAGUCAUUUCCGAGCACGAACAAUCCUUGGCCACCAAACACAAGGAGCUGGCCGAGUCUACGCAAUUGCACAAAAAUCACAUGGAGGCGCAGCGGAAGGCCAUGGAGGAGACCGCAGAGCAGCACAAGCAAGAGUGUGCGGAUUUGUCACAGAAAUUGGCUCAAGCUAUGGAAAAGCACAAAGAUGAAAUCACUGCACUGCGGGAAGGGCAUCAGAAAGAGAUUGGACAACUGCGCAAAGCAGCCGAAGGACGAUUGUCAGAACUGAUCACAAACCACAAGCAACGUGAAUCGCAACUCCAGGAUGAACUGAAUGCCCUCCAGUCUAUGGUCGAAGACCUUCAGGAUGACCUUGAAGAGCAGCGUAACGUCAAUAACAGCCUGAAGACUGAAUUGGCGACUGCGCAGAAAGCUCACCAGGCACUUCAGACCACGACUGAAAUGACCAAUCAGCACCAUACAGAAUUGGCGGAAUCUAUACUUUGUUUGAGAGAAAAGCAAGCUCAAUGGCAACGAGAAAGUGAGCGAAUGGAGCGCAUUUUGCGAAGCUUGGGCCACACAAGUGCGAAUAAAGGAAAGGGUGACAACUUCUUUGUAAGUGCAUUCCAGUCGCUGGCAAUAUCAGUGGAAAAUGUUGCGGAGCAGUUCUUCCGGGACCAGCCAUGUUUGAAUCAAUUCCUGUUGCGAGCAGCUCGACUAAGCGGUCUCCCUGAUAUGACAGGCACGACGACGGUAGCUCGGACGCUUCGUUCCCUUUUCAUUCAGAAUCAGAUAUUCACUGUCCUACAUCAGAGGAUCUUUCGGCCGUUUUUGUUCACAUCAUCGCAUGACGAGUGCGAUGAGUCUGGUAUGGAGACGUGCUUGUCUAGGGUGUCGAAAAUGAUCUGUGCGAAGAGCAUCCAUCGAGAAGCAAUAUGGAGAGCAAUCACGAUGCGGGCUCUCUACACCAGUUCCUAUGGCCGUAAAGCCGCGAGCACGGUCGCAACCUCUGUCAGCAAGGAGAUUGUCGACAAAUUACAAUCUAUGACAUUAGCCGAGUACAUUCCUGGGUUGAUAAAAGCGGUCCGCUCGAUUACCAAGGCAGCAGUCCAGCUGUGGCGUCAAGUACGGGUCGAAUGGGUGGCUGUCCGAUCCAGCAUGUCUCCAAAGAUCUUGAAGACAGAAGGAACAUCGAGUCCGGCCGAUAUCACGCUCAGGAUACGACCACAUAUCUUCAGGGAAUGCUCCAGGACUGUGGAUGAUGUUGGGAGGGACUCGGGUCCACCAAAUAUGCCACCUAUGGCAGCUUGCAUCUACCUUCAGGGUACCGCACUGUGUCAAGACUCGCCACUGGUCAUAGCAAGGCGUCGGGAGCUGAUGGCAGACAAUGGAUGGCAAGAGUGA